AUGGAGAGGGCCCCGCAAGCCAUCGAGCGCCGGGCAGGGCCGAGCAACGGCCAUGAGGCGAGCGCAACGGCUGUCAACCCGCGCUGGCGGGGUCAAACCGCCGGGGAGGGACUUGCAGACUUUUCCCUCGCUUCACGGCUGCCCAGAAAGGGUGGCCGCAGCGGGACACCGCUGGGUGUAACUGCCCUGCCUCACGGGGAACUCGCUCGCUCCGGGAGCGGGGCCAGGGGCUUGUUUACUGCUCUCCCCGCCUCGGCUGGCGAGGGCAGCGUGCGGAGCGCGGCGGCGGCGGCGGCCGAGCCCCCCGAGGGCGGCUGGGGCUGGGUGGUGAUGCUGGCCGCCAUGUGGUGCAACGGCGCCGUCUUCGGCAUCCAGAACUCGUGCGGGGUCCUCUUCGUCUCCAUGCUCCAGCUCUUCGGCGGCGGCGAGGACAAGCAGCUGGCGUUCAAAACAGCAUGGGUGAGCUCUCUUUCUAUGGGGAUGGUCUUCUUGUGUUCUCCAAUAGUCAGCAUAUUCACAGACCUGUUUGGUUGUCGAAAAGUAGCUGUUAUUGGAGCUGCAGUAGGGUUUGUUGGACUCCUUUCAAGUUCUUUUGUAAGCACCAUUGAACCUCUGUAUUUCACCUACGGAGUCUUAUUUGCCUGUGGCUGCUCAUUUGCCUACCAGCCAUCCUUGGUCAUCCUUGGGCACUAUUUCAAGAAACGUCUUGGACUGGUGAAUGGCAUUGUCACUGCAGGCAGCAGCUUGUUCACCGUGUCACUGCCCUUCCUCUUGAGAGUUUUGAUUGAUUCUGUUGGCCUAUACAACACCUUGCGGGUCCUGUGCAUACUUCUGUUUAUUCUAUUCCUGGCUGGCUUUACGUACAAACCCCUUGUUUCCAAUGCCAAAGACAAGGAGGCAGGAAAGAAGGGAAAGUUCAGAUUUCCUCCAGAAAAAAAAAUUUGCAAUUUCUCUGUGUUCAAAGUUCUUAGUUACCGAAUCUGGGCUUUUGGGAUCCCAGCUGCGCUUUUUGGAUACUUUGUGCCUUAUGUUCACUUGAUGAAGCAUGUAAAAGACAGAUUUGGUGACAGCGUGCCAGAAGUGGUGCUUCUGCUGUGUCUGGGCAUUACUUCAGGAGUUGGCAGAUUGAUCUUUGGCAGAGUUGCAGAUUAUAUUCCUGGUGCAAAAAAAGUUUAUUUACAGGUGGUCUCAUUCUUCUUUAUUGGCCUGAUGUCUAUGAUGAUUCCACUGUGCAACGUCUUUGGAGGUCUCAUUGCUGUCUGUCUCUUCAUGGGCCUGUUUGAUGGGUGCUUCAUUUGCAUUAUGGCUCCUAUUGCCUUUGAGCUUGUUGGGGCUCAGGAUGUCUCCCAGGCCAUAGGAUUUCUAUUAGGAUUCAUGUCAAUACCGAUGACAGUUGGUCCACCCAUUGCAGGUUUGUUGCAUGAUCGCCUCGGCACCUAUGAUAUAGCAUUCUACCUGGCUGGGGUCCCUCCCCUGAUUGGCGGGGCUGUAUUAUGUUUGAUCCCCUGGGUUCAUGAACGGCAGAAAUUAAAAGAAAGAGCAAAACCUGUUGAUGGAGAAACUACUGAGAAAAUGCUGGAAAACGAAACCACUUUGGUGUCAGACACUACAGAAAAGCCAGUCAAAGAAAUGGAAUCUGGUUUUUGAUGCUUUCUUUUCCUGUACCAGCCUGAUGUUCUUCUACCGAAGCUAGAUUUGUACUUUUUGGACUAUAAGAUACUAAAGAAGUCUUGAACUAUUGCUCAAAUUGCAAAACUGCUAUAAGAAUCUUUUAUACCAUUGAACUUUUGAUGAGUCGUUGAGUUUGAUUUCGAACCACAUUUUCAAGGUAUUUGAAGUUUUGUAGCAUUAGUGUGUACGUGUGUAGUGAUUCUGUGUGUGAAGAGAAUAUUUUUCUAACUCAUCAGAACCUGUUUCUGGAGUGGUGAAAGCUAUUUCUGGUUCACUGACCCAGGAUUCUUCAAUAACUUUUAUGGUCCUUUCAAUGCAGGCUCACCGUGGGUGUUUAUACUUGAAAAUGUAGUAGCUCUUAUGACUGAUUUCUUUUGAAGUUUCUCAUGCUGUUUUACAGUCUUACAAUUCUAUAUCAUGAACAAGAAUAGGCAUCUUUUUGAUUGCUUUAACUCUUGCUGAAAUCAUUUUGCGUUAGAAAGCUAAAUUAUUAAACUUCUGUUUUAUUUUCUCUAAAUACCCCAGCCAGCUCAGUUUGCUUAAACACUCACCUGUUUUUGCAUUCACCUUUUCACAGUAGCCCAAACAAAGAACAUUAAGGAUGAAAUUUUUGAUGGGCACAGGUUUUGAAUAUGUGCAAACUAAGCUCCGAGUACAAACACAUUCAGAAGUAAAGCUGCUGAAUGAUAGAUUUUUUUUUUUUAUUUGGUGAAGGCAAUACUAUUAAUAUAUAUGUGUACAUUUUUUUUUUUCCAGCUAAUCCUUGGAAUAGCUGGUAGUUUUGAAAUUGUACUGACAGCAAUACUUUGGAGCAGUGUUGUGAAUUAGACUAAAUUUCAAAUUAUUCUGUUGUACUUGUUAGGUUCUUUUUUUAGUCUUAAAACCAAGACAGCUUUAAAGGAUACAUUCUAAGUGCAAUAAGUUGGUUUGUUUUUUUUUUUAAUGUGGAAAUAUAUACAAGCUAUUAAAAUGACAACAACUGAAGAUUUUUUUGCACUAAGUGAACAUGCAGGUUUAUUAUAGGUCUUUAUAGCUGUGUUCAAUUGCGUGUAGGAUAUAGCUCCAUAUUUUAUUCAAAUAUAAAGAAAUGUCUUUGUAUGUCCUAUUUCUUGCUUAACAUACUAAACAUAUGACCCUAUUACUUAUGUAUUCUUAGGUGUUAUGCACUGUUUGUCAAGCAGGUAUUUCUGAAAACCUCUUUCUCUGGAAAAAUAUUUGAAAGCAUAAUACUUUGAGAUGAAAACACUGCUUUUCAGUUUAUCAUAAAACACUUCCAAGUACAUUGUUCAUUUGUGGAUAUGGAUCGGCAAUGCAGUGGAAUACUUAAUCAUUCUUUUUCAGGUCCACUCAAUAACAACAAUUUUUGUUUUCUUGCUUAGAAGUGUCAUAGCAAAGAGUAAACUAAAUGUGAUCUGAAGACAAAAUGCACAUUUAAGUGCAUUUUCUUAAUUAGUAACAAUACCUCUUCUUUACAUAAGCCACGGAGGCAUACUGUUUUAAAAUCAUAACUUUUCUAUUUUUAUUAUUUUUUUCCCAGAGUUGUAGUAAAUGGCUCAGAAAGCCCAUGUAUGUUUGUGAUAUAAAACAUUAUAUUAGCAAUACUAUUGCAUAGAAUGUUUAUAUCUAGCAACUUAUAAAAGUUCUUUAAAAAUAAUCAUGCAAAGCAUGCUAAUUAUUGGAGACCAAAGCUCAUACCUUUUUCAUAUUGCAGAAUUUCAAUCCCUGCUUUACGUGAGUGAGUUUUAAAAGAAUUGAAUCUUAAAAUGUUAGAGGUGCAUGGGAGGGACUUGGAGGUGGGAAAAAAACCCCAAACCAAUCUGUAAAACAGAGGUCCCUUUAGGUUCACUGGGACUUGUGCUUCUGCACCUCAUAAGUACUUAUAAAACUUUGAUUGUGAAAUAUUCAUAGUAUUGUUAAUUGACUAUGAAGUGCUGCCUUCACUACAAAAAUGAUGUUAACAGCCUAUGCUGUUGUUGUCUGAAGUAUUUCUGUAGAACAUGUUACUCUAUUAUCGUCUAUUUGGGCAAUGCAAAAGGUGCUGAGCAAGUGUAGUAAAAGCCUCUUGUUUCCUAUGGCUUUGUUAUGAAAAAUUAGUAUUCAUCACAGAACUUACAUUUCAUGUGUGUUAGUGUUGAGUUUUUAACCAAAACCAAGGCUGCUUUUUAGCACUGAUGCAAUCUGAAAUCAUUGUGACCAGGUAUCUUGAUGUAGUUGUGGCAUCUUCCUGAUUUGCUGCUCUGUACCCAUAUAAAUUAUCUGGGAGACAAUAUAAAGUAAUUGUUGUUAAGUUUUAGAAAUAAUACAGAAAUAGUAUGGAUUAGUUAUUGCCAUACCCUUUAAAAACAUACCUGUACAUAAAAAUCCAAACUCUCAUAUUUGAGUAACUAGAAAUGUAAAUUAUGCUCACAAAUAUGAA